ACAAGAAUGAACAAUUUGGAAUAGGGAAAAGAUUAAGCUCGACGUGGCUAAGGUUGCACACCUAACCCGAGACGAUCUCCGCGUCUUUGUGUCCGGCGUCAGAGAGUGAGAGGGAGGUGGUCGAGUGUUUUCAGCAACGCCCUAAUGCCAGCCACCUUGUCGGAGGAAAAUAGCCCUGCUCUGUUUACAAAUCGGGUAAGAAAUUGUCUUCCUGCGGUGUAGCUAAUCGGGCGGCCGUUUUCAGACGGAAGGAAAUAUGGCCGAACUGCAUGUGGUGGAGCCCAGCGGCACUGGCACGAUAGAGCAACAGACCGAACAUCGCGAUGUCCGGGGCUCGGUGCGACUGUCGUCGCCCACCCUCAUGAUCCCGCCGCGGAGCAGCCUGCCGAGUCCCGGGGUGUCGAGCGGCGCCGGCCGGUCGGUGUUCGGCUUCCCGGCGAAGAGCAACCCGAGCUCCCCGUCAGAACCGGUGGAUAAACCGGGACCACGCUGGGUCCGCCUCAACGUUGGCGGCACCUACUUUAUCACGACCAAACAGACGUUGUGCCGGGACCCCAAGUCUUUCCUGUACCGACUGUGUCAAGAAGACCCCGAUCUGGACUCUGACAAAGAUGAGACGGGAGCUUACCUGAUUGACAGGGACCCCACAUACUUUGGCCCGAUUCUGAAUUACCUCCGGCAUGGGAAACUCAUAAUGGAUAAAAACCUGGCAGAGGAAGGUGUUCUUGAGGAGGCGGAGUUCUACAACAUCGCCUCUCUGGUGAGGCUGGUUAAAGAGAGGAUACGGGACAAUGAGAACAGGACAUCUCAGGGUCCUGUGAAACAUGUGUAUCGGGUGCUGCAGUGCCAAGAGGAGGAACUUACACAGAUGGUCUCAACCAUGUCGGACGGCUGGAAGUUUGAGCAGCUUAUAAGUAUAGGCUCCUCUUAUAACUAUGGUAAUGAGGACCAGGCUGAGUUUCUAUGUGUAGUCUCCCGGGAGCUCAACAACUCCACCAAUGGCAUUGUCAUCGAGCCCACUGAGAAAGCCAAGAUCCUCCAGGAGAGAGGCUCGCGGAUGUGAGGAGACAAACCCAGAGCCUGAGCUGAAUAACACUUUAUCAAAAUUCACUUGACCAUUUACUCCAGUUUUAGCCAUGGUCCAUGCAUUCACCCCCCCCCCUCCACACACACACACACACAUACACGCGCGCACACACACGCGUGCAUACACACACACACACACACACUACCGCCCAGCCCACCAUACUCCAUCACCAACACCCUCCUCUGGUGUGCCUUUCCACAGUGGGGGCUCUCCCAUGCCCCCUCCUCUACAGUGCUGCAACCCCCUCCCCAGCUGCAUCCUCAUUCUCCGUCAUAGGCUAUGGAACAUUUGGGGAGGGGGGGGGGGUCUAAUCAAGAUUACAAGAGAGUAUUACUCCUCAUAGUAGUUGUCAUUAUGAGAGGGCUUUUGAUGGUCAUUGCCACGAUGAUUCACCUUGUUAAUGGAUGGACCCUCAGCACAGAGCUAAGUCAUUAUCAUUUUCACAACAAUAAUAGACAGGGCACUUCCUUCUCCCUCAUAUGUGUGGCUAUAUCGACUCGGCAGAAAUCUGUGACUAUCUCCUCAGGACUCUCAAAGGACAUAAAAGAAUGAAGACAACUACCCUGACUGAGCCUGCUGCAUUUCCGGAAUUCUUUUGUGGAGGUAAGCAUCUGCCUCCACCUCCCUCUCCGGCCACCCGACACCCUCAGCCGGGGACUGUGGCGGGUCGCAGCACAACUCACCAGGCAUAGGAGACAGGAAGUGGGGAUAAGAUGGGGGUGUCCCA